AGCCACUGUGGACACCUUGCAAUGACGUUCUCACUAUUAUGCCUCUGCAGCCGGAUAUCAGCAGUCUCCUUUGUCUCCACACAGAUGGAGCCGUCCCUGGAGCUGGCCAACGGGACCAGGGUCCAGCAGUUCAUCCUGCUGGGCUUGUCCACCAGGCUGGGCGUCAGGGGCGUCCUGUUUGCCGUCUUCCUGGCUCUCUACCUGCUGACCCUCCUGGAGAACACCCUCAUCGUCUCCCUCAUCUGCAGCCACAGCCAGCUCCGCAAGCCCAUGUACUUCUUCCUGGGCAACCUCAGCUGCCUGGAGAUGUGCUACGUGUCCGUCACCAUGCCCACCCUGCUCCUGGGGCUGUGGGUGGGACCCUAUCACAUUUCCUUCGUGGCCUGCAUGACCCAGCUCUUCUUCUUCAUAGUCCUCAUCUGCACGGAGUGCACGCUGCUGGCCUCCAUGGCCUAUGACCGCUACGUGGCCAUCUGCCGCCCUCUGCACUACCCGCUGCUCAUGCGGCCCCGGGUCUGUGUGGGUUUGGCUCUGACUUCAUGGCUGGGGGGGCUGCUGGUCUCGGUGGCCAAGACCUCGUGCAUCGCCAGCCUGUCCUACUGCGGCCCCAACGUGCUCAACCACUUCUUCUGCGACGUCUCCCCCCUGCUCAACCUCUCCUGCACCCACGUGGCCCUCACGGAGCUGGUGGACUUCAUCUCCGCCAUCGUCAUCUUCUGCGGGACUCUUCUGGUGGCGCUGGCCUCCUACGUGGCCAUCGGGAGGGCGGUGCUGCGCAUGCCCUCGGCCGCCGCCCGCCGCAAGGCCCUCUCCACCUGCGCCUCGCACCUGGUGGUGGUGGGCAUCUUCUACUCGGCCGCCCUCUUCAUCUACUGCCGCCCCAGCCGCAUCAAGUCCAUGGACCUCAACAAGGUGCUGUCGGUCAUCUACACGGUGGCCACGCCCCUGUGCAACCCGGUCAUCUACUGCCUGCGCAACAGGGAGGUCCACGCGGCGCUGCGCAGGACCCUUCGAGGGCCGUGACCCCGCCGCCCGCGGCCCGGGGCUCUCCCUCGCCUCCAGUCCUCCUGGGCCCAGCACCAGCGGUGACCUGGAAAACCAGAGGCCAGGCUGGAGGAGGGGUCCCCCAGGCGCUGAGUCCACAUGCACGACAUCAGCCUGAGCCACGGAGGGCUCGCGAGCCGAGGCUGCGGGGAAGGGGUGGCCAGAGGACGUGUCCGCCCAGGGGGAGGGUCUCAGCUCACGGCUAGAAGCGGAGUGAACACUGUCGUGUCCACCCAGCGGGUCCGUGUGUCCCCAGAACAGGGGUCACACGCAGGGUGGCGUGCUCCUCGUGUGCAUGAAAACGUCAGGAAAAGCCCAGUGUCCAGUCCUAGGGA